UUCACCUCAUUCUCGGCUCUCGCACUGAACGAGAUGAGGUGAGUUUACUGAUGGAUCUUUAUUCUUAACUAAAAAUUCCAACGACACAAAACCCUAACUAAACUCUUCACUUCGACUUGGAUGAAUGGCAUCUCAAAUGUCGAUCUUCAUGCGAACCAAAAGCCUUCUCUCUAAAACCCUAAACCCCAAUCUCAAACUCAAAUCCAUCUCUAUCUCUACCUUCACUUUCCUUUCCCAAGAACCCCACCUCGCCGAGUCUGCUGAGACAUCUUCUCUCCCGCCAAACCCAGCCACUGGUAGCCCACUUUACAACGAAAACUGGCGUAGCCCGGUUAUCAACGAAAACUGGCGUAGACCGGUUACCGACUCGGCAUCAGACACUCAGUCCUUGAUCCCUUUAGCUCUCCUUCAGAACCCGUCCGGCCCACGCAUUCAGGCAUUAUCUCAAACACUUGAUGUGCAGGCUUUGAUGAAUGUUUUUGGUUACUGGAUGACGAGUCAAAAAUGGUCAGAUAUGAAGCAACUAUUUGAGUUUUGGAUUCGGAACUUAGACAAGAAUGGGAAGCCGAAUAAGCCGGAUGUUAAUCUGUAUAAUCAUUACUUGAGGGCUAACUUGAUGAUCGGUGCCAGUGCUGGUGAUUUGCUUGAUUUAGUGGCCCAGAUGGAGGAUUAUGCUAUUCUGCCUAACACGGCGUCGUUUAAUUUGGUCUUGAAAGCUAUGUACCGGGCCAGAGAGACCGAGGCUGCUCAGAAGUUGCUCCAACGGAUGCUGCAAACUGGGAAAGAAUCUCUGCCUGAUGAUGAGUCAUAUGACUUAGUUAUUGGCAUGCUAUUUUUAACAGACCAGAUUGACACUGCUUUGAAAUUCAUAGAUAUGGCCUUGAAAUCUGGAUACUUGUUGUCUAUGAAAGUGUUUAGUGGAUGUGUGCGAAGCUGCGUUACCAAGGGCAGGCUGGAUACACUGGUAUCCAUUAUUGAGAAGUGCAAGACAAUGGAUCAAAACAAAGCACUCUGUCCAACCUGGAUCAUGUGUAAUUAUAUUGCAGAAGUUGCAAUUCAAGAAGAUAACGGUAGUUUAGCAUUUUAUGCCUUGGAAUUUAUGGCCAAGUGGAUAGCUCGGGGUGAGAAUGCACGGCCCCCUGUUUUUCUUUCUGUAGAUGAAGGAUUGGUUGUGUCAGUGCUUGGAACUGCAGGAAGGACCUAUAGUCAAGCGCUAUUGGAUGCAUCAUGGGCUAUCCUACGUCGCUCUUUGCGUCAAAAGAAGGCCCCUAACCCUGAAUCUUAUCUUGGAAAAAUCUAUGUUCAUGCAUUAUUGGGUGAUCUUCAAAGGGCUUUUAGUACCUUGCAUGAAUUUGAGACUGCCUAUGGGAAUUUCAACAAAUACGUAGAGGAGGAACUUUUCUCGCCAUUUACCUCUUUAUAUCCACUGGUCGUUGCCUGCGCCAAGAAGGGUUUUGAGACAUUGGACGCGGUGUAUUUUCAGCUUGAGAAUUUGAGCAAUGCAGAUCCUCCUUACAAAUCUGUUACUGCUCUAAAUUGUAUAAUUUUAGGUUGUGCUAAUAUUUGGGACCUUGACCGUGCCUACCAAACUUUCGAGGCAAUUGGUUCUUCUUUUGGGUUGACUCCGGAUAUUCAUUCAUACAAUGCUCUAAUGUAUGCAUUUGGGAAGCUCAAGAAGACAUUUGAAGCUUCAAGGGUGUUUGAGCACUUAAUAAGUUUGGGUGUUAAACCCAACGCAAUGUCAUAUUCUUUGCUUGUUGAUGCUCAUCUUAUCAACCGAGAUCAGAAAGCUGCUCUCGCUGUGAUUGAUGACAUGGUAACUGCUGGAUUUUCACCUUCAAAAGACACUCUGAAAAAGGUCAGAAGGCGAUGCGUACGAGAAAUCGACCAUGAAAGUGAUGAGAAGGUUACGGCCCUGGCUGGAAAGUUUCAGUUUCGAAUGGGUUCAGAGACUCGUAGGAACAUGCUGUUUAAUCUCCAGUACAGCAAUAAUUAUAUCUGACAAGUUGGCUUUUCAUUUCUCAGUCUUGGAAAUAUCGAUGAUGAUGAUGAUGAUGAUGAUGAUGAUAUGGUUCAACAAAUUUUCAUGUUCUACAUCUUUAGUUUUUGACGAGCCUUCAUCUUUGUUUGUAAAUUAUCUGAUUGUUAUCAAUUUUGAGUCUUGGAACGAUUAAUGCUAGGAUCAUAGCUUCCUAGAGCAAUAUUCAUAAUUUCACCUGUUUAUUUUUCUAUUCUUUUUUUGCUUUUUGAGGAGCACGGUAGUAAAAUGCCAAUCCAAUAGAUAUUCCAAUCCAAUGUUGACCAAUAAUUGUAGUACCAUCCCAAAUUUUUAAAGAUGCUUAGAGGAUAUAUGUUUUUCUUUAA